AGAAAAGAAAGAAAAGAGAUGCUGAUGCUGCAGCAGCGCGGCUGCGAGUAGCGAGUUUGGAGAAGGAAGAAGCGAAGAAGGAGUGUGUGUGAGCCGUGAGAGCGAGCGAGCGAGUGUUUGUGUUGUUGGAGGAGUCGGCCGCCGACGAUACGAGAUGUGCAGCGUGCCGAACAAAUUCUACGAGCUGUGCCGCCUGUGCUUGUCGUGCGACGGCGUCAAGCUGUCCAUCUUCGACGGCGAGGGCUCCCAACGCAACUUUCCUCUCAAAAUCAUGACGUGUCUCUCCGUCCUGGUGUCUGAACACGACCUGCUGCCAUCCUUGAUAUGCCACAGAUGUGUUUACAAACUGGAUGUGCUGUACGACUUCAGAGAGGUCUCGCGCAAGUCAGAUCUCAUUCUGAAGCAAUACCUGAAUUACACCCAGCAAUUAUCAAUCUCUCGACAGGGGAUUCAAGGAAUGCAAGAUGAAGGCAGUUCUGGUGCCGAAGAUGAAAACAUGCCUUCAAAAGGCGACGCAAUGAGUUUUGUCAAAGUCGAGAGUGAGGAGCCGCCUGACGAAGAUGAAAAAGGGGCGCCCCCUGAGGGCGAUUCGGAGCCAGAGGAGGCCGAAGGAGCGCUGCAAAUUGUGAUGGGCAGCGACCAGGAAAGGGAAGACGAAAGUGACAAGGAGCACACGCCGCACCCCAUCAAAUCACUGCCAGCGCUACACAAGUUCACAAGAAAGUGGUCCGACAGUGGGACGAGAAUGAAAACGGAGACUGGCGAGGCGGACAGUGCGUCCGAAGCGAGUGUCCAGGCUGAAAAAUUUGUUCGAGACUUCCAGAAAAACACCAUUUGGCUACAAAACAUGAGCACAUUAAAACAUGAAGAAGAGGAUGAAGAUUUGAAUCACCCUACGCAGCCUUUUGACCUUCGCACCUUCAUUUCGAGGACCCAAAUGGCUCCCUCGUCCUCCAACUCCAAGUCGACGUCCUCAUCAGGCAUCGAGUUGCGACGGGCGGACGGCAGUUCCCUCCCAGGUGUGUCAGUGGCCGACCUGCUGGCAAUGCAAGCAAGUCGCAACCACCAGCAGGAGCAGCACUCGGAAGAGGCACAGCCGGAGCCACCAGACGCCAUGGACGCCGAGCCGCACUUCCUCUCGCAGCUGUCCAGCGCCAAGGGUCCUCCUUGGAACAUUUUUAAGAAGCAGCCGAGCGUGGCGGCCAAACGGGUGGACCUUUGCUGCACCAACUGCGGCACCAAGACCACCACCAUCUGGAGACGGAACGCCGAAGGCGACAUGGUGUGCAAUGCGUGCGGACUGUACUUCAAACUGCACGGUGUAAAUAGGCCAGUCACCAUGAGGAGGGACACGAUCCACACCAGGAGGCGGCGGCCCAAGCGGCAGCGUACGAGAAACGCCCCCGAGAGCAACGGAGAUCCCACUGUCAGUCCUCCCGAAGCUGAAGAGCCAUCGUCUCACAUGCAAAUCUCCAAGUCACUCCUCUUUUCACCAAUGUUGCCCAACUUGACCAUUCGUGCCUCAUCAGACUCCUCUCAGCCCACUGGCCGAGAUUCCGCCUCUCUGGAGGACGCCGACGACGAGGAUGGCACUGCACUUGCCCUGGUCGCCGUCAAGACCGAGUUGCACGUGUCGGACGACGAGAGGGAGGAGCACGAGGAGGGCCCUCUCAACCUGGCCGCAACCACCACCACCUCCUCUCUCUAGGCACACUAAAAAAGAACACUACGACCCGUCUGCAGUUAAUCUUCAUGUGAUCUGCCGCCAUCUUUUGUUACUCUUCGUCUCUCUGUUAUUUUUAAGUUUGGAAUCUUUUUCUCCAGCCGUCCGCCCUCUCACUCUCAAUACUCAUCAAGAUUUUUCAAUACUCUAGACAAGAAAUUGGGGUUGUGGAACAAAAACAAAUGUGAGAGGCGCGCCGCAGGUUAUGUUUUACAGUUGAUUGAGAUUUUUUAGUUUGAGUGGACCAUUUUAUUCUUUUUUUGAAAGACAUUCCAUUUCAAAACUCCUGGUCGCGUCCGUCUCUCUCGGCCCCAAUGACUUGAAAUUAUUUUGCAGCUCUCUGUGCCUAGACUUAAGCUCGUAACGCUCCGUUUUAAUUUAUUACGCCAUUCUCAUCAAUCGAACAACUCUCGGUCGUAGCUACUUAUUCUUACACACAUACGGAAGAAAACCGGAAGAGGCUGCCGCCGGUUUUUUCACCGUCGGCAGAAUCUCUCAGCUGUGAUAAUAGCCAUCACAACACAGACACGCAGGUGAAAAUUGAGGACCUUCUGCGUCACUCACGCCGAUUAUUUAUUGACAAGCAAUAACGUGGUGAGAAAAAUACGAUUUUCCGCCAUUAUUUGUUACAGAGUUUGUCGUCCGACACGAAUGUUCUCCAAUAAUUUUGACUAUGAUGCACAACCCUGCCAGUUUUAUCAUCACCUCAUUUUAUUUUCAUGCAUAGUCUAACAAGUUCCUUUAAAAUAACCCACCAUCAUUACUACAUUUUCCUAUUUAAAAUAAAUUUUUUAAGCGUCGGGAUUCUCAAAUGCUACAAUUAGAAACUGGUUUGUCUUUAUCGCAGUUACCCGACUUGCAAUCAACAUUUGCAUUAUAUUAAUUAUAUUUAUUUCACCUUUUAUACUGGGUUGAUAAAAAUAGUCAAAAUUAAUGGAGCAGUUCAGUCGUUUCUCAACAGAACGGGGAUGACGUCUUAAUUAUUUUUACUCAUUUUGAAUACAAUAAUUGAUUAGUAAGGCACUUGAGUAAUACUUCUGUGCUUAUUGAUACUUAAUGAGAUUAACACCACUUGUCCAUGACUUUUGAGAUAUUAAUGCUACAUACACAUACACUACUGUAAUUACACAUUAUGCAUUGCGUUUUUCGUAAAUUAUCUUGUAAGUCUUACUUGCUUAAGAAUUCAUUCAUAUAUCAUUAUUUGGCUCUUGCUUGUUGCCAGUUGAAGAUUUAUCUCAUUUUUGUGCUUAUUUGUAUUUUAUAAUUAAUAUCUCUUUUUUUUUAAUUGAUUAACGUAUUGAGUAAUUAAUUUAGGGUUAGACUUUGACGGACAGUAUUUUGAUGGAAUCAAAGACUAAAAUAAAAGAGAAUUUGGAGUUUUGUAAGUGCUGGAUUAGUGAUCAGUGUUUCGCAGAGUCAGGGUUAUGUUGAACUUGCUUGGAAAAUUUUAUCAGCCAAAACUGGGCAACAAUCUAUUUAUGUUUUGAAAUUCGGGAGAUAACUUUAAGCAAGCAAGCAUUUUUCUUGAAAUUUAUCUCAGUGCUUGAUGAGGUCACAUUUUUCUUGCCGUGACAAAAAAGACGAACCUGUUAGUAAAUUUCAGUAUCUUCCAUGUCACACUACUUAUCUUUGUUUCAGAAAAAAUUUGCUUUUUAUUGUUUGCGUAAAUUAUUAUUGGAAAGGAAUUUAAUAAGAUUGAAAUGUGAUAGCUCCCUUUUUGAAGACCAGCCGUAUGUGGAACUCGGAAGUUUGACCGCGCGCGCACCAGUAGAGCAAUUUAAAUGUGAUUAUUUUAGUUGCACUUCACAAAGAAAAUUAUUUUUGAAAAGAUUUAAAGACUGAACGAGCAGGAUAUUAAUGAAGGACACUAAUUGAGGAAAUUCUCAAAGAGUACAGAGCGAAUUAAGAUGUAAAAUUAAAUAAAAUGUAUAGCAACGAUUUGAAAGAUGAAAAAAUUAUAAACAAGCCAUGAUCUGUGCCUUUCGACAAGAAGUAUUAUUUUAGUUUUUCUUCAUCUGUGUUUUUGGCACAAGAAUUGAUAUAAUAUAAGGUUUCUGGCCCAAUUGCAAUAAAUUGGAGUUCUCAGAUGAAUUUGUAGUACUUUGAAAAAAUUUCAGGCAGACCCUUUUUUGUCAAUAAUGUACUUUUUGCAACACUUGCCAGUUAUUUUGUAAACUACAUAAUUUAUGUUUUAACACCGAUUAAUCACUAGUUUGUACAUCUGUGCCAUGUAUUUUUCACUGACAGAGAGAGAAAAAAAAUAACUCGGAAAUACCUAACGCGCUUAACACACAUUGAGAAACAAUUUAAGUAAUUAUUAUGUACUAACAAUUAUAUACAAAGUAACCAAGUAAUGUGUUGUUGUUUGAGAGACAGUAACAUCCUGUAACAAUUGAAAUCUACAAUUAAUUAAUUAAUUAACUCAUGCUACACACACUCUACGAAUAGUAUUUUUGAACACACACACUCACAUGCUCAACUCGAAGUAAUAAUGGAACAGUAUAUGAUAUACCCUCAAAUCAGCUAAUUUGCUAUUCUCUCCUCAAUCGAAUUUCUUCUCUGCAUCUCUCUUUCUCCCCCAAAUAAAAAACAACCUUGCUACCGUUAUACAUUUGUCGGCUCUCUUGUAUAAGCAGCUCUCUGAUAUUAUGAUUAAUGUAAACGAAGAGUAUUAAUUAUUAUCAUUAUGAAAUUUUGUUUCACCUUCUGUUCUUUGUAUAUAUUUAUUUUUUAUUUACUCCUCUGCUACUUUCUGCUGUAUACACGUGGCUGGAAAAGAAUCUUUAUGAAAUUAUAUGGUCAGGUUUAUUACCGAAAAUUUCUUGACUGCGAAAACCUCCUCAGAAAUGAAGCUUGUGUAACAAAAUAAAAAUAUUGAACACUGAUUUGUUCAAGAAAUAAAAAAAAAUGACUUUUUAUAGCCAUGAACUAGCAAAAAUAUUUAUUAUCAUUUGU